AUGCCGCUAUUUCGAAAAGAUAAAAAAGGAUCGGAAAAACAGUUCAGUAUUCGUGAUUAUUAUGAAUUCAAGGAUGUCUUGGGUACCGGUGCUUUCUCCAAGGUUUUCUUGGCUGAACAAAUAUCCGAGCCUGGCUUUUUGGUUGCAAUCAAAUGUAUUGAUAAGAAAGCAUUGAAAGGUAAAGAGGAAUCGCUAGAAAAUGAAAUUAAAGUUUUACGCAAAUUACGACAUUCAAAUAUAGUGCAAUUAUAUGAUACUUUUGAUGAGAAACAAUAUGUCUAUCUCGUUAUGGAACUUGUCACCGGUGGUGAACUCUUUGAUCGAAUUGUCGCAAAGGGUUCAUUCACGGAAAGAGAUGCUUCGAUAUUAAUGCGUCAAGUACUCGAAGCAGCUGCAUUCAUGCAUGAAAAUGGAGUUGUUCAUAGGUAA